CACAUGAGCCGCGCGCCCGCUCCGCUCCCCCUCCUCCCGGCUGGGCUGUGAAUGAAGCUCUGCCGGCUACGUGGGGCGCUAGCUCAACUUAGUGUCCCGGACGCCAGAGCCGACUGAGCGCUCGGCCCGCCGGCGGCGGACGCGGGCUCCGCCGCUGCUGACCUCGGCGACAGGUUUGGGCCUUGAGCAUCUUGCAGAAAACAAGACAACACAGCUGCUGUUGCAUCUCCAUCCCAGUCAAGUCUCCCUCCAAAACUGGAGAGGGGGGCGGGUCUGGGAACCUCUGAGCCUGAGAUCCCAGCGUGGAAGAGAAGAGCAGCAAGAUGGCCAUGUGGCAGGGAGCCAUGGAUAACAGAGGCUUUCAGCAGGGGAGUUUCAAUAGCUUCCAGAGCAGUUCCAGUGAUGAAGACUUGAUGGACAUACCGGAGACAGCCAUGGAUUUCUCCAUGAGAGAUGAUGUUCCUCCCUUAGAUGGAGACAUAGAAGAGGACAAGUCGUACAAUGGUGGAGGAAUAGGUGCUUCUAACAGGAUGAUGGACUUCUUGGAGGAGCCAAUCCCUGGUGUGGGGACCUAUGAUGAUUUCAAUACAAUUGACUGGGUGAGAGAGAAGUCUCGAGACCGGGAUAGGCACCGAGAGAUUACCAAUAAAAGCAAAGAGUCAACAUGGGCCUUAAUUCACAGUGUGAGCGAUGCUUUUUCUGGCUGGCUGUUGAUGCUGCUUAUUGGGCUUUUAUCAGGUUCCCUAGCUGCCUUGAUCGACAUCUCGGCUCAUUGGAUGACAGACUUAAAAGAAGGUGUAUGCACAGGGGGAAUCUGGUUUAACCACGAACACUGUUGCUGGAACUCGAAGAAUGUCACCUUUGAAGACAGAGACAAGUGUCCAGAGUGGAAUAGCUGGUCCCAGCUCAUCAUAAGCACGGAUGAGGGAGCCUUUGCCUACAUAGUCAAUUAUUUCAUGUACGUCCUCUGGGCUCUCCUGUUUGCCUUCCUUGCCGUCUCUCUUGUCAAGGUGUUCGCACCUUAUGCCUGCGGCUCUGGAAUCCCUGAGAUAAAAACUAUCUUGAGUGGGUUCAUUAUUCGGGGCUAUUUGGGUAAGUGGACCCUGAUGAUCAAAACCAUCACACUGGUGCUGGCAGUGUCGUCUGGUUUGAGCCUGGGCAAAGAGGGACCCCUAGUGCACGUGGCUUGCUGCUGUGGGAACAUCCUGUGCCACUGCUUCAACAAAUACAGGAAGAAUGAAGCCAAGCGCAGAGAGGUCUUGUCUGCUGCAGCGGCUGCUGGUGUAUCUGUAGCCUUUGGGGCACCUAUUGGUGGAGUAUUAUUCAGCCUGGAAGAGGUCAGCUACUACUUUCCCCUCAAAACGCUGUGGCGUUCAUUUUUUGCUGCUUUAGUGGCAGCGUUUACUCUCCGCUCCAUCAAUCCAUUUGGGAACAGCCGCCUGGUUCUCUUUUAUGUAGAGUUUCACACCCCAUGGCAUCUCUUUGAGCUCGUACCGUUCAUUCUGCUGGGCAUAUUUGGCGGUCUGUGGGGAGCUUUGUUUAUCCGCACAAACAUUGCCUGGUGCCGGAAGCGGAAGACCACGCAGCUGGGCAAGUAUCCUGUCGUAGAGGUACUCGUCGUGACAGCCAUCACUGCCGUCCUGGCUUUCCCCAACGAAUACACCCGGAUGAGCACAAGUGAGCUCAUUUCUGAGCUCUUCAAUGACUGUGGCCUUCUGGACUCCUCCAAGCUCUGUGAUUAUGAGAACCGUUUCAACACAAGCAAAGCAGGCGAGCUGCCCGACCGACCAGCUGGUGUGGGAGUCUACAAUGCAAUGUGGCAGCUGGCUUUGACACUCAUACUGAAAAUUGUCAUCACUAUCUUCACCUUUGGCAUGAAGAUCCCUUCUGGCCUCUUUAUCCCUAGCAUGGCUGUUGGUGCUAUCACAGGUCGACUUUUGGGAGUAGGGAUGGAACAGCUGGCUUAUUACCACCAUGACUGGGCCAUCUUCAAUAGCUGGUGCAGUCAAGGAGCAGAUUGUAUCACCCCUGGCCUUUAUGCGAUGGUUGGGGCCGCAGCCUGCUUAGGCGGGGUGACUCGUAUGACCGUUUCUCUUGUCGUCAUAAUGUUUGAACUAACUGGUGGCUUGGAAUACAUUGUGCCUCUGAUGGCUGCGGCCAUGACAAGCAAGUGGGUGGCAGAUGCCCUUGGACGGGAGGGCAUCUAUGAUGCCCAUAUCCGUCUCAAUGGAUACCCCUUUCUGGAAGCCAAAGAAGAGUUUGCUCAUAAGACCCUGGCCAUGGAUGUGAUGAAACCCCGGAGAAAUGAUCCUCUGUUGACUGUCCUUACUCAGGACAGUAUGACCGUGGAAGAUGUAGAGACCAUCAUCAGUGAAACCACUUACAGUGGCUUCCCCGUGGUGGUGUCCCGGGAGUCCCAAAGACUUGUGGGUUUUGUCCUCCGAAGAGAUCUCAUUAUUUCAAUUGAAAAUGCUCGAAAAAAACAGGAUGGAGUUGUGAGCACUUCCAUCAUUUAUUUCACCGAGCAUUCUCCUCCAAUGCCACCAUACACCCCACCUACCCUCAAGCUUCGGAACAUUCUGGAUCUCAGCCCCUUCACUGUGACUGACCUGACGCCCAUGGAGAUCGUGGUGGAUAUCUUCCGCAAGCUGGGACUGCGGCAGUGCCUGGUGACACACAAUGGGCGAUUGCUCGGAAUCAUUACCAAAAAGGAUGUGCUAAAGCAUAUAGCCCAGAUGGCGAACCAAGAUCCUGAUUCCAUUCUCUUCAACUAGAAUCACAGGGUUGUACUUGAUAUGAACUGGAAGGACACUGCAGAUCGUGGAUAUAUUUUAUUAACUGGGUACCCACAACACAUGUCCCACAUUUGGAUGGUGAAGUUAUAUUCGUGUGUUGUCUCUUUCCUACAAGUUAACCAGUUGCACUACAUAAUCUCUGGAAAUCUUAAUCUUCUCUCUAGGAGAAAAUUCAGUUAGGCCUCUGUGAUGUUGCAUUAGGAAGAUUUCAUGAAAGAGUAAACAAGAUUGCUAUGGUUUAAUUCUUUUCCUUUUUUUUAAAGAUUUUUUUAAAUUUAAAGCAUAAUUGUUAGUUAAUAUGCAAUCACUGAAAACUAUGCAAGAAAAAUGCCAACCGUCCUGACCUAUAGCCUGCAGGAAACUCAUGAAAAAAGUCACUUUUUUGGACUCUAACUGUCAUUGGUGGAAGAUGAAGUGUAAACUUAAGGGGCUUUGCUUUUCCAACCAUAGAAAGGAAAGCCACAAGGAAAAUAAUAAUGGUAUUUUCCAGACUGUGAAUUCAGUUCAAAUGUUAUCUUGUUCCUGUUACAAUAUUUAGCAGUCUUAGUUUAUGUGUGUGUAUGUGUAUGUUAAUUUUAAUAUCUGAUUAUAAGACAAUGCUGCUUUGGUUAAUCUCCUCUAAAUGAAUUUAGAGAGGUUGACUUUUAUAGCUUGCUUGUUCCUGGUACUCUUUUGAAGUGCACAAAGAUUAAGUUACAGAAUUUUCUCCUUGUCUGCAAAAGGGGUAAUUUUCCAGAUGGCCUUUGUUAGCUGGUAGACAAGGGCUUUGCCAUGAAUUUGUGAGUAGCAAGGAAUGAUUUCUCCAGCUUCCUUGAAAUGAAUAAUCAGUAAAGUGCUAAGCAAAGUCAAUGACUAGGAAUUUUCACUUCUUUGUGAGGUCCCAACUAAUCCUCUUACCCAGAUGCCACCUCCGUGAGUGAUGGUGCUUUCGGCUUCUGGAAUAUGGAAGAAUAGUAAAGGGAACCAAAUCUAGACUGCAUACUGGGGAACCGGGGAAGAUCCCAAGCUGUAUCUGCAUUUUCACGCAUUCCUUCGUAACAGCCACCAGUACUAAAAUAACCAGGCACUCAUGCCUCCUCCCAGUGUUAAGUACGUAUCUUAACAGGCCAGUGUUGUCCCUGUGAUCGUGAAUUUAGACUUGGGGUACUUUCAAAUAUAUUCAAGGCGUUGGAACAGGAUAGGCAGCUGUGGACUCCCUGGAGGCUCCUUAGAAUUCUCAAUAAAAGGCAAAACCAUCCUAAGACCCAGGGGGAGGUGGGUAGACCAGGCCUGGUGACACCAAAGGUGCUUGUAUCCAAUUGAAAAGGUGCCUGUCUCAAUUCCAUACCAUCUUAACUGCAGGAGAAAAACAUCACACUCUUGGGACACCCGGUGGAAUUACAGAGCCACCACCAUCAUUCCGACUACUGUUUCAUUUUCUACCGUUUGACCCACGUGCAAUUGUCCCCUCUCCGUUCUUCCCCCUUUCCCAUGCCUCAGUCCUGAGUCCUCUCUCGGGGAUUGAGCACGAGGUCUGGUUAAUGAUUCCUGUUCCAAAAACUAACCCCCAGGGCUAGUUAAAGUGUAAACCAAAUCUCAAUAAUUGUAUGGCACAUGGACCAGAGGUAAUGCACAGCCAUUUGCUUUGCCCUGUAGCCCAGUAACUGCUGCCACGCCUCCCUUUCCAGGCUGGUGCCCACAGCAGUGAGACUUAAAUGCUAAGGGGUAAGACUUGAGCCGUUCCCAUUUUAUAAGUCUGUUCCCAGUGCUUCCCACCAUCCUUCCAGCCUAGGAUCAGCGGUCACUCGGCAUAUCCUCUCCCACCCUCUGCCUCCCCUCUCCACACACCUCAGCAUACCUCAUUUUAAAAGUAGCUGAUCUCUGAUUCUAGGCUUUUUUUUUAACCCCUGGUUCUUAUCUUUCCAAAAUCUGAAAUUCUUUCAUUGCCCAGAACUGGGCAACCAGUUCUUAUUUUGAUUUUUAUCUUUCAAAUAUCAAGGCAGUCACCGGAGCUUCUCCUUCUAACUAUAUCACUCAAGCAUUUUAAUGAAAAAGAGAAAAAAAAAAAAAACAUCUCCCUAGGUUAAGACUCAGUAACUUCACAUCUUUUGUCUCUUCUGUGCCACUGAUUCCCUCACACAAGAUGAGACUGUUUGCCUGACCAGCCUGUAGUGUGUAAAAUCAAAGUUCUUAUGUGUAUCCUUCUGGUUCACUACCUAUCUUUUCUUAUCAGCCGUCCAACUGAAGCCUACAAAACGGGAAAUGUUAGUAUUUCUGGUAUUUGAUGACAGUGAAAGUUUUGGUCGCAUUUCAGAGUGCAUCAGUCAACCGGAGGGUGUCUAAGUCUGCCUUUGUCUUUCUUCUCGGCUCUGUUUUUGAUUUGCGACAGAUGAGCCAGUGUUAAGGUGCUGCUUCAGAGAAUAAAUUCAAGAAAUCAGAUAACACUGUGCCAAGGGAUGCUUUCUAGAUGCUAAGCACCGAUUGAUCCUCCAGAGAAUUAUGUCCCUUUGAUACCUCACUCUUGGUAAAUCUCAUUCAUUAACCUCAGCUUCUCAGGAAUCCUUGUUAACUCAUAAACUAGAAGUAGCUUUAGUGUAUGGUAUCCGUUAUUGUUCAGUCCUACGGUUUGGCUCAAAGAUUUGCUAAUUGUGGCCAGAGGUCUCCACUAGGCCACUAGCUCAGCAUCUUAACACGCAGUUUCUUGUCUGAAAGCAAAAGAAAAUGUGCUUUCUGCCGUUGCCAGUUCAACAGUUGGACAUACUUAACCGACAAAGCCCGAUACAGGGAGGUCUGUCAGGGGCCUCCAAUGGCCACAUACCUCAAUGGCAAAAGACUAGAUAAUCUGUGAUUUAAAAAUUAGUAUGAGUUCGAGACUAGUCGACUUUGGUAUUAAGAAAAGAAAAUUGCCUGACAUAAAGGAAGGGUUUACAAAAGAAGGCCACUAAGUGCUUCAAGAAAGUUCAGGUUUUUCCAGGAAAAAUACAUCUGGUGGAUAUCCAGUCAUGAAAAGGGAUGAGAGUCUAUAGAUUUGUAAAAGUCUCAGUGCUGUUAUAUUUUGUAUCUUCAUAUCUGUGAUGUGAAGAAUUAAAGAAGCCAGAAUCGUUAAGGUGUGAUUAGUUAUACCAUUGGCAGAAGCAGGGGGUUGAAUGUGCAAGAUAAUAGCCGCUUUCAAGAUCACUUCUAUUGGGAUGUUUGUUCAGACACUCUCCUCUCUUCUGGCUCCAGAGUCCUUGUGGCUCAGCCCAGCUGUGGAGUAGACGUGGUAUCAUCCACAGAGCAGAUAGCCUCUGGUGGACAGUCUGACACUGACUUUGGUACUUUGGAUUUGCCAGCUGGCAGGGCAAACGAUGAAUUUGCUAAUGGAACUGCAAAGCAGUUGAGUCGUUUUGGCACCAGAGGCUGAAUCUGAACCCUUUACAGGAAGAGCAGAGCACAGUAUAAAUUUCUCUAGCCAGUCUUCAAUUGUGUUUGAACAUAAGAAUGAUAAAGUAAUGGGGACUUUGUGUGGUCUAAGGCUGUGAAGUAAUUCUUAAUUAUGAAUUUAUGAACCCGUUCAGGUGUGGGGGGAGCAAAUAUUUUUCAAAACAGCGUCCAAUAGAAAGUAAUCACGGAAAGUAAUCACUACUGUAUGCUUUAAGUAUUUGAAACUCCUGUCCUGGUUGGGUCUUGAUCUUGGUUGGUUUUGUUAGGUGAUGAGUAGGAAGGUACUUGUUGCUUCACAGUGUCUUUUGUUUUGUUUUUUAAAAUAAAUCUCAAGGAGUGCAGGUUUUGAAGUUGAGUUUUUACUAAAUGAAAGUGAAGACAAUACUAAGAUUUUGAAAUGGCCAGUGUGUCUUAUAUUGCCAAAAUAACUUACUGAUGACCGACCACACUGUAUUGUGAGGAAUCGGUUUACUUUUACUGAAUCAGAGCUAAAUGUAGGCCACUCAUCAGUUCAGAGAAACCAGGAGAGCAUCUUUCAUGGUGGUGCAUAGAGUAUUGAGCUCUAGAAAACUGAGAAAAAUGUGAAAUUUAGAAAGCAGAUAGGAGGUGGAGUAUUGAAUUCUUAAAAAAAAAAGAUGUCUAAAUAUGUGGUCUGAACUUAAGUGUCCUACAGCCUUGAUUAUUUUUUAACCACCUCUGGAAUUUGCUGGAUUCCCUUUGGGGAGAGAAUUUAAAGUUAAUGGCAGUAGAAAAACCCUAGUAAGAAAAUAUAUGAGUUGUUGCAAGAUGGUAGGAGGAAGGCCACCAAACCAAACAUCCUGACAUUUAUGAACUGCUUGAUCAUGUGCCUCAAGGGGAGAAAAGAUUAGUAGUCUCCCAAAGACCAGGCUUUCUAAGCAACCAAGAGUCUCAGAGCAGCAUUUGCCUGGAUGCAGUCCACUGUCAUGGAGAGGGCUGACCCAAGACAAGACACCUGCUCUUGGAGGAAGGCAGCGAAUACUGCCAUUGCCUAAGUGGUAAGCUUUAGGUAGAUUAUCUUGAAUUUUGAUAGCAAAAUAUUUUAAAAAUCUAUACUGUUAGCCUCCCUAGUAUGUACUUAUCGUAUAUUAGAAAGAGAAAAGUGAGGGUUUCUCAUACCGGCGCUCAGGGAGCUGUGGGAAUAUGAAGCGAAAUUGGUGUAGCAGACCUGUGGCAACCACUCAACUUUACUCUGCCUCCAUUCUGGUUGUUGGCACUAAGGAGAGAAAUUCUUGGAAUAGUAGGUGUUCACAGCUUCAAGUUAUUCCCCAAAGGUUUGCUGGCACAGCCUCAUUUCUAAACAUCUGGCUCUGGGCAAAGUUUUGAGGGGAUGCAGGGAACAAGAUUGGUUUUUCCACUGUGUGGUCUGAUAUCGCCGGAUCAGCCAAGAAAGAAAGAAAGAGUGUGAUGGGCGGAGUGUGCGUUUCUUGGAUGGGAUCUAUUGGGUCACCUAGCCCAAUCCCGCAGUCAUCAAUUCCUACCUCUAUGUUCCCACCAAAGGGUCUUCAGCCUCUGUGAGCACACUCCUUGAAUGAAUGCCUUGCCUGAAGUUUGUUCUUUUAAGGAGAAAAUGCGAUGGUAUAAAAAUAUGAGGGUUUUAAAACAUGACCUCUGCCUCUCCUCUCUUCUCUCUGUCUCUCCUCCUCUUCAAGCUCAAAAUUCAACAUUUUCUCAGUUGUUACAAGUGUACUGUUUUGAAUGUGGACCUUGGGGAGGGAGAGCAUCAUUCUAAGAGUAGAGAGUAGAAGAUAUUUCUGAGUUGAUGGGGCCAAUGGGGCUUUGCUCCACUGUCACACCAAAGCCAAUGGUAUUUGUUGAGUGCGUCCAGGGCUUCUGCAUAACAGUACAGACCUGUGAAGUAUUCAUUGCUGACCCUUAUGAUUAUCUGCUAGUCCAAAUCUGUUGAAAGUCAGAGGCAGUCUUGGAUUUGGGGAGUUGGAAUGCCAUCUGGCAAGAUGGGGAUGAGGGAGUGGCCUGAGAUGGUUUCGUCAGGGUGGGAAUGCUUAGCCUCAUUACCUUCUUGAGUGGACCUCAAAUACGCGGUCCUUCAAGAGUGCGCGCCUUUCCCUCCUCCAUGUCACUUUAUCCUUUCUUCUCUCCCCUCUCUUCUUCUCUGUCCUGCCUUUUUAGUACUCAGAUUUUAAUAAAUAUUUACUUUUUUUAUUAUAUAUUUGGUCCCUUGGGACUAUGUACUGAUGAAGAAUUAAUUUCAUUCUAGGUUUUAAAAAAAACGAUGUGUUUCAUAUUUUAUUCCUUUAAACUGUCUUUUGACGCUAUGCUGCUAACCAGGUACAGGCCAGAAAGGAGUUGGCCCUCACAGACAGCACCCUGGUCAUGUCACCUAUGGAUGACAUUGAUGUAAUGAUGGUGACCCUUCUUCAUUUGACCAAGGCCGGCCUCCCGCUCUGACCUCUGUCCACUGAUUUCUGGCUGUGGGGAAAAUACCACCUGUGGGGUGAGUCAGUGAGGCCGGGAGGAUCAGAGGGGCUGGGUUCCAGCCCGUGGGCCACUAUAUGAGUAUCUCUGUAAUAAGCUGAUGUGUCAGGCCAGCUCUAACUGCAGUAGCCAAAGAAAACCUGUCUGACUCGAUGUUUUCAUUCCCAAGAGUUCUUAAAAGUUCAACUGAAGCUAAUGUAGAGAGAUAAGCAGUAGCUGGGCGUCCAGAAACUAGCAUCAACCAAAGCUAAUAUAGCCCGAGUUUCCACGGGAAGCUUGGUGCUGAGUUGUUCAGAGCAAUUAUCUGAGUGUUGCCAACCUUUUAGUCAUGCUUUCUUAGCUUUUAUUCUAACUUUCAGAGAUGUUGGUCCCUGUUCGUAGGCACAGCCUGUCCCAGAGCUGGGGCUACCACUGUACACUUCAUUCUGCUCCCAGGUCAAGCAUAGCAAUGUAAUCUAAAAAGGAAGACGUGGGCUGGGGAGUUAGGAGACCUGGUUUCUAUUCCCUGUGCUUCUACUAACUAGCCUCGAGAUCUUAACCGCUCUGUGCCUCAGUGUUCCCAUCUGCAAAAUGGGGAUAGUGUUACUUGCCCUACCUACCUCACAGGGUUGUUGUGAGGAGAACCUGAGACAAUGAAAGGAAAGUACUUUGACAAGUAAGUGCUAUGCAAAUGGUAAGAAACGGAAACAAUCACGUUCAAGGCAAUGGAAUGGACAUUGGCAGAAGGGUUGAUGGGACCGUCCAGCCCUUUUCUUGGUGUGGCUUAAACCCAGGUUGCCAUUGCUUUAUACAUUUUUCACUUAGCACAGAUUUGUAAUUAUGCAUGUAAUAAAGCACAGCCUUAUCCGA